AUGCCUACGACUCGCAGACAAGCUGCUCUCCUCGAGCACGACGUUUCCGCUCUCCAGGAAAACAAGGACACCCGCUCCACGCCCGCACAUAAAAAGCAAGAAGCAAAACCGAGCAACACCGUCCGCGAGGCGCCAGCCACCGCAGGGAGAAAACACGAAGCAGAUCAAGAGGACAACAACGAGGGACAGCGGACGGACCAGGAACCUCCGACAAAGAAACCCAAGACGGAAGAGUCUCACGACAAUAAAGCAAAGGGAGAGACCGGAAAGCACGCCGACGCUGGUCGACAAGAGUCCGAGAGAAAGCUGCCAAAAGACGUUAGCGAGGAGGAUCACCCAGCUUCACAUUCGUAUCAGACCGGAACCAUCGACCGUGGGCAUGUCUACUUUUUCUACCGCCCCAAGGUCGAGCUGGAGGCGGCGCACUCGCGCGACGACGUGCAGCGCUUCUACAUGCUGCUCGUCCCCCGCCCGCCCGAGUUCAGCACCGCGGCGGGACAGCACGCCGCCGGAGACAGCACCGACGGCGACGGCGGGGAGAUGGCGCUCGUUUCUGAGGGCGCAGAUGCGGUGCCUGCGGCAGAGCCCACAGACCAGAAGCACAAGAAUUUCCGCCUCAUCGUACUGGGGAAGAAGGGCUUACCCGACCCCGAAAAGGGGCGGGGCAGGAGCAACGUCUUCUGGGGGACCAUUGUCACCGCGGGCAGCGACCUGCGGAAAUUGCAGGACGGGCUUGGCCCGCGGCAGUACGAGACAAAAACACGGGGGACGCGCCACCAGAGCGCCGCACGCCUCGCCGCACGCGGCGCGUACGCCAUCGUCAACAGGGACGCACGCACGCCCUCGCAGCGCGAGACCCACUUCGGGUAUCGCCUCUCGCACCCGGCAUCUGCCCAUUUUGGCGAGGUGCAGGCCGAGCUCGGUCUCUGCCCGGCAUCGUCGUUUGUGAUGCAGGUGAAGAACCCGCUUGCGCCGCCCACGGGCCCGGGACGCGUCCGACUCGCGAAGAGCAGGACGGUGGACUAUCCCGACAGGAUCAUGCACGAGGUCUUUGGAAAAGGCGGGCGCAGGGGCAAGGAGAACUUUGGGCUGCGCUUCGCCAGCGCGGAGAGACGAGAAAUGCUCGAGUAUGAGGGCGUAGAACUCCUUUUCAUCGCCGCGCGCAGUGGGGACGAAGGGCUGGAGGAGAGCCUGGGGGAGGGAAGAGGAACAGCAUUAUGCGAAGCGGAAGAGAGAGAAGGACACGAGGCUGUCCAACAGAUUUUCGAGGAGCUCGCCAUGGAUAUGGAUAAGAUACCGAGUGACCCCCUGGAAGGAAUUUGGGCAUGA